CGUGAAAUGUCGUGUUCAAAUGUCAGUGUCAGCCACACGAGAUAAAUAACAGUUUUAAAGGUUAUGUUAUUUUAAUAAAGUGAUAAGCCCAUAAUAAAAAUAACUGAAGGAAAUGUCGAAAAGACCAGAACAUCAAGCCCCGCCUGAACUUUUUUAUAAUGAAGAUGAAGCCAGAAAAUAUACACAAAACUCAAGAAUUAUUGACAUCCAAGCACAGAUGACAGAAAGAUGUAUAGAAUUACUAGUACUACCAGAAGAAACACCAUGCCUGCUCUUGGACAUAGGAUGUGGAUCUGGUUUAUCAGGAACAGUGCUAGAAGAAAAUGGCCACUUGUGGAUUGGUCUUGAUAUAUCUUCUGCUAUGCUAGAUGUUGCAUUGGAGCGGGAAACUGAAGGUGAUUUGGUACUCGCUGACAUGGGUGAUGGGGUACCAUUUAAACCUGGAAGUUUUGAUGGUGCUGUAUCUGUUUCUGCACUUCAAUGGCUCUUUAAUGCUGAUAAAAAGUCACAUCAACCCAUUAAAAGACUGUAUAAUUUUUUUAGUUCACUCUAUGCAUCUUUGUCAAGAUCAGCUAGAGCUGUGUUUCAAUUCUAUCCAGAAAAUGAAAGUCAACUAGAACUUUUGACAUCACAAGCCAUGAAAGCAGGUUUCUAUGGAGGUGUUGUCAUAGAUUAUCCAAACUCUGCCAAGGCUAAGAAGUUCUUUUUGGUUCUUAUGACAGGAGGAUCUGCACCAUUACCACAAGCUCUUGGGGUUGAUGAAGAAAACAGCCUUCAAGUAAAAUAUGCAAGAAGAGAGGCAUCUAAAGGAGCAAGAGGUAAACCACUUAAGAAUACAAGGGCUUGGCUUUUAGAGAAAAAGGAAAGACGACGGAAACAAGGAAAAGAAACAAAACCUGACACAAAGUAUACAGGAAGGAAAAGAAGUGGGAGGUUUUAAGAUUACUUGUUACUAUGUAUAUAUGUAUUUUAUAUUUAUUAGGCAAUAAAACAUAUUAUAAAUAUAA